UAUCCAGAACCCAACCCAACCAUGUCUCUCACCCUCAACCUCCCUCUCUCCCAAUUCAAAUCCCUCACUCUCUCCACCCCAUUCCUCCAUGGCACCACCACCAUCUCCACCACACCCACCACCACCACCGCCCCAACCCACCACCGCUCCACCCUCCUCCCCAUCCGGGCCAUGAGGUCUCUCCAGGGCCGCGUCAUCUGCUCCACAAAUGACAAAACUGUGAAUGUUGAAGUUGUACGUCUUGCACCUCAUCCAAAGUACAAACGUAGAGUCAGGAAGAAGAAGAAGUUUCAAGCUCAUGACCCGGAUAACCAGUUCCAAGUUGGGGAUAUUGUCCAGCUGGAAAAGUGUAAGCCGAUUAGCAAGAAGAAGACGUUUCUUGCAAUCCCGGUUCCGAAAAGGGCUGAGUCGAAGAAGGAGCUUGGAAUUGCGUUAGAGUCUGAGUCUUCUGAGCAAGUCUAGACUCUAGAGUGACAAGGUUUGAUGUUUUUGUUAUCAUUGUCGUGUUUACUGAAUUACUUUGGAAAUUGAGCUGGUUCAGUGUUGUUGAUGAAGAUUUGUUAUGUUUUGUUUUGUUUAAUCGUUGUGAUGUUUGAUCAAAUGAAACACAUUUCGAUUGAUUAAAUAUAAUAAUUGGGAAUCGUAGUAGAAUGCAGGCAAGGUGUUUGAUUAAA